AAUUUAUAGGUUGCAGUCUUCUGAAAUUAACACCAAAAGAAAUCAGAAUGUUGUUUGUGGUUUUCUUCAGUCUUAUCAUCAGCAAUGAAGCACAGGAAGAAAAGAGUAAAGUUUAUUUUAAUUUAUACAUUUAUUGUUCUAAUGUGACUAACUUGAAACUAUGACCUUAAUAUUAAGUUAUAUCAUUAUUAAUACCUUUUUAAACUCAAAACGUGUUAUGCAAUGACUAAGUGAGAAAUUGUGACCUAGGAUAAUCUACUACAGAAAAUUAAGUUAAGAUAGUCCAUUAAAGUCCUUUAAAGCUAGGCUAGUCUAUAAAUACCUUAGGAUAGUAUAGUCCAUUAGAUUUAUUAAGAUAGGAAAGUCCAUUACAUUCUAUUAAGAAAGGAUAGUCCAUUAGAGUCCUUUAUGAUAGGAUAGCUCAUUAGAGAUAUUAAGAUGGCAUAGUACAUUUGUGUCAUUUAAUAAAGUAUAGUUUAUUAGAGUCAUUUAUGAUAAAAUAGUACAUUAAAGUUAUUAAGAUGGGAUUGUACAAUGGAAUCAUAUAAUAUGUGAUAGUCCGCAAAAGCAUUGCUGCUGGCAAUGUAGACACAGGUUUUGCCUCUACACGGCGCCGACCUUUCAGCGGACCUCAAGUCCAAGCUCAUUCUGGUUCAACAGGAUGAGUUGGAAAAAACGACAUAAACCUAACCUCCCAAAAAUUUCUUCGAAUACCACUAAGGUACACUUUAAAAAAGGCAAAGGCAUUUUCCGGAGGUAAACUUGGCACAGUACGAAACUUAGACCGAAGACAAACGUUCAGACCGUACAGGAACAAAAAUUCUGAAGGCGCUGGUUGAUAAAUGAGCUGAAAAAAAAUUCUGACAAAAUGAAACAUGCAUAAUCAUUAGGGAAAAUAAAAACGUAAAAAUUACCCGUUUAAACAUUGCCUGUAAAACCUGGACAACUGGCGUCUCGCCAAAGGCGUGGCAAUGAGCAGUGAUUGUCCCAAUUCCCAAAGAAGAUAAACCAAGUGAUCAACCGUCGAGCUAGUGGCGUACAUUGAAUACAUGUCACCAAUUAUUGCCCACCCCGAGCAUACAUCUGUUACAUAAUGUUCGUAAAAGAACAAACUAAUAAAAGUUGCACGAAGCUAGAUGUGCCCUUGCGUCUUGGUUUAAAUCCUAAAAAAUUAUGGCAAAUUUGGUAUGUUGUAAUUUCACUAACAAGAAAAUGUUGAACUUCGUAAUGAUUUAAAUUAAGAAUGUAUAGGUUAGCGCGUCUUCAUGACUUACAUGAGGUAUAGGUUCGAAUGAAAUAGUUGGGGAAUGAGGAGUGGGUCAUUCCAAACGCUGGUCGAAUGGACAUUGUGUAGUCAGCCAAGAAGGGCAGCUACUCUUGGGGAAAAGGUAAAACGAAAAUAUAAUUAGCUUCUGAUGGAUUUUUUUGCUAUUUUUUUAAUUUAUUUUUCAUUUAAAUAAUUUAACUAUGGAAACUAUUUAGCGUUGACAUGUGUAUGACGUUUCUUUGUUAAUUAGUUUACCAUGACACACAACAAGACAAAUUCAUGAUGAAUUCACACAAUAAAGAUUAUGGUCUCAAGGCUAAAAUUUUUCCUUAUUUCAUUGGUCGCUGAAUUUUUUUAAAAUGUAAAGUACGCUGGAACGAAAAUCUAAAACUAAAAAAUAACACUGAUAUCGUACUGAUAAAGGCUUUUACCGAAAAAAAUUACAUUUGACACUUGUUUUAUCAUAAAUCUUAAGAUUUAUUUGUUUUAUUUACACGAAUUCUUUGUUCAACUGACCAUUUACGAAACAUUCAAAUGAUCAACUUAGAAAAAAAAAGGAAAACUUUCCCAGUCUUGAUUUGAUACCUGAUUUACGUCUCUGGAAUCUCUAAGACAACCCUGGCUGUGUAUAGACCAUAUGGACCUACACAUUGGUCACUAAUUCAUGUGUCACAGAACUCUAUUUUUUUGUAUUGGAAGUGUCACGCUUGAAUUAUGUUACACGUCUACAGCCACUUCUGACAAAUAUUCACAAAUACCAAGCUUGUUAUCUUCAGCAGCUUAGCGUGGAAUGACUUACAGCUCAAAAUUAAAAUUAUCAGAUCAAUAAAUCUGAGUGAAAAUCAAUCAAAACGUCAUAUGAACUCCAUUAUCAAGAGUAUUUAUAUAAAUAUUAAUUACUGAUGCCAUAUGUUACGCUAUUCGCAUGUAAGGAUGUUACAUUUUGUUAAAUGUACUUAUCAUUAGUUUCAUGAUUUUAAUUUAAGUCAAGUUAUAUUUUACCUGUAAAUUUGUACAAUUUUUCAAUGGGCAUGAUUAUUUCAUUGAUGUUGUUAAUAAUCAAACUAUUUUCUAUCCCAAAGGAUGCACAAGAAUUGUUUGUGGGAUAGACAACCUAGAUGUUCCAAAAAAUUUUAUUACUAAAGAAUUUCCCAAAGAUUAUUGCACCCAUGCUAUCUAUUAUGCCGCGGGCAUUGUAGGAAAUAACUUGACAAAUAUGUUCAGCAAUGAAUUGUCAAAAGACAGAGUAAGAGGCUUGUAAGUACGAAAUAACUACUCUUUUCUUUGUAAAAUCAUACUCACUUCUCAUAUGUCUGUAUCAGGGAAUGGGUACAUCAUUAGGUUAUAUCAUUCUGUAAAUCGUUAAGGAACUUUAUAUCAUAAAUGGCAAUGGAUUAACUCAUAAAUAAUAUGUGACAUGACAUUAUAGACGUUGAUCACCAAAUUGGAUUUAUCACAAUGAGAAAAUUGCUAUAUUUUAAUAUCGACUAGAAGCUGUGCCAAGUUUUUGUAAAGCUAUAAAAAAGAACUUGAUGUUUGUAUUCAAACAAUUUUUAUAUGGGAUAAUUUAAUCCUAGGAGCAUUUUUAAGUGUCCGGGAGCAGUGUACCUAUAACUUCCCAAAGUUGGCAAUGUGGCAAACCAAAGCCAGUUUGACCCUGGUGCCCCCACUAAAUAUAAACGGAGUUAAUCUCAGGCUACUCCGAACCCUGGGUGUGUGCUUUUGGUCAGGCUACGCAAAACCCUUAGUGUAUGCUUUUGGUCAAACUACGCCGAACCCUGGGUGUAUGCUUUUGGUCAGACUUCGCCGAACCCUAAGUGUAUGCUUUUGGUCAGACUUCGCCGAACCCUGGGUGUGUGCUUUUGGUCAGACUUCGCCGAACCCUGGGUGUAUGCUUUUGGUCAGACUUCGCCAAACCUUAAGUGUAUGCUUUUGGUCAAACUACGCCGAACCCUGGGUGUGUGCUUUUGGUCAGACUUCGCCAAACACUAAGUGUUUGCUUUUGGUCAGACUUCGCUGAACCCUAAGUGUAUGCUCUUGGUCAAACUACGCCGAACUCUGGGUGUAUGCUUUUGGUAAGGCUACGCCGAACCCUUAAGUGAAUGCGUUUGGUCAAAUCUUAAUUUCCUCUGCCAUAAUCAAGGUAUGCCAUUGUCCAUGGGCUAAAUUUUCGGUUUACGCAUUUGUCAGUCUGCGCUGUUUUCUGUGUGCGCUAAUAUCGGUGUGCGCAUUUUUCCUGUGCGCAGCAAGGGCUUUGUUGAGCUAUAUGUUCGCGUUUAUUGUGUACGCAUUUAUCUUGUGCGCGUAUUUCUGGUCACCCAAAGUAUACUUUUGGUCAAAUAGUAGUUUUGUCCCUUGAUUAUAAAUAGAAAAAUAUAAACACAUUUUUUUCAAAAUUAAAGAGAAAAUAAAAUAAUUAUAUAAAGGUUAUGUAAAGAAAACCUUCAUGAUUUCUAAUAUCCAUUGGUUUAUUUUUCUAUGUACAAAAAUGCUGGUAGUGUCACUUUGAUAUGAGAUUGGAGAAGUGUUGUUAAAUCUUUGGUGAGGGGUCUAAGCCCCUCCUAAGAAACUUUUUGAAGUGAAUUUUUGCUAUCCAAAGAUCAACAGAUGUUGAAGUUUCUCUUACCAUGUUUUUCAAAAAUAAUUUUUAUAUCAAUUAUUAAUUUGUUUAACUAAGCCCAUGUCAUUAACAAAUAAAAAAUAAAAUCAUUUGGUCCAAACAACAUACAGUACGCUGAGGUGCAAAAUGGCAUAAUAAAAAUUUAGUGACAUAAUUGUAAAUACUGACCAAAAAUGAAUCGAAUUCAUUAUACAUAUGGAACAAAAUAUGUACUGACAUUAUUGUACAUAUUGAACAAAAAUGAAUUGAAAUCAGUAUACAUCUUGAAAAAAUGUACUGACAUAUUUGUACAUAUUGAACACACAUGUACUGACAUCAUUAGACAUAUUGAAUACAAAUAUACUCACAUCAUAAUACAUAUUGAACACACAUGUACUGACAUCAUUAGACAUAUUGAAUACAAAUAUACUGACAUCAUAAUUCAUAUGGAACACAAAUGUACUGACAUCAUUAGACAUAUUGAAUACAAAUAUACUGACAUAUUAAUACAUAUUGAACACAAAUGUACUGGCAUUAUUAUACAUAUUGAACACACAUUUACUGACAUCAUAAUCCAUAUAAUGGAAAAAAAUGUUCUUUCUUCAUUGUACAUAUUGAUCACAAAUGUUUUUAACUUUUUUAUAUAUAUAUUAAUAAAAAAAUUUAAGUAAAAUCAUUAUACGUAUUGAACAAAAAUGUAAUUACAUAAUUUUAAUUAUUAAACAAACAUGUAUUGACAUCAGUAAGGAACACAGAACACAAACUGCUCGGUCUAAUUGCAUUUCAUUAUAGGGAAACGAACCACACUUAAAUUUUUCACACAUGUAACCAGUCCAAAUGCAUGCUCUAUUUAGAAGUCAAGGCUGAUGCUAUAAAAAUGAGGUCAAGCGAUCAAUGGUCAGAAAAACGCCAUUUUUAUCACGAUGUAACGCCAAUUUAUGUGUUUGGUAACUUUCGUGGUAGUGUGACGAAGUCGAGCUAACCUAUAAAUGUAAAUGUACUCGCGAUGACCUAAUUAGAACCCCCUUCUCCUCCUUUUGAGGUCAGGACGAGCUAUUUUCCCCAAUUACCGUCACCCCACCUGGAAAGCCACUGAACUUACUGAUAUGUUGACCAGCGAACUGAACUACGCAGUAGAAACGCCAAUCCCCCCCCCCCCCCUUUUUGUUCGCCUCGCAUGGGGUGAGCGAUUAUUGAAAGAAUAUCACGCUUCGGAAUAUUAAGUUCAUUGAAUUCAGAGAUCACGUCGUAGUGAUUAUCCAAUAAGCAAUGAGGAUAGAAUCACUAAAAAGGACGUUGCAAAAGUUAGAAGUUUUCUUUUUCAAGAUCGACUCUUAAGUUAGCACUGUCAACUUAGAGUGCCUUUUAAACCCGGCUUUCUAAAACCUACCUGGUUGCUAGAUCGCCGUAAUGCUGCAGUACAGUCAACUGCGCCUUAGCAGCUGGUUUGAGAAAUCUGUUUCCUGAGGCCUGAGUCCACGAACCCCGCCCAGCAACCCCUCUGGAAGACCAAUCCAUCACCCGCAAGGAUAUGAUCGCAUGCUGAUGGGACUUUACUCACCCGAGAAAUCCUCACAUACACCUACCACAGCGUACUGGGGAAGAGGUAUCCCAGAAGGUUCAGUUGUGACUGGUAUCAUUCACUUUCCUGAACGCCUUAAAAAGCGCUGAUCCCUGAAAAGCCACAAGGUACAUUGGAUCAAGAGUCCACUUCGACAUUGAAUGGAUCUCUGUAUUGUACUGCCGUAGCAUCUAUUUUCGUGAACUUACUGAGAAGUGCUGAGCCCUGAAAAGCCACGAAGUAAAGAAUUGGAGAAUUCACUGCCACCAUUGAAUUGAUCCCAUUUUAUCACAAUGUUAUUUCUACCUUUACGUGAACGCCCUGAAAAGUGAAGAAGGAUAGGACCCGAUCAUCCACAUCCACAUUAAAGUGAUCUCAUUAUUAAAUGAUCUUACCAGAUCAUCAGAGCUAAUUCAUGAAGUCCUCAAAUACACCCACCACAGCGUACUGGGGAAGAUGAAUCCCAGAAGGUACAGUUGUUAUUGGUAUCAUACACUUUCCUGAACGCCAUGAGAAGCGCUGAUUACUGAGAAGCGACGCAGUAAAGAAUCGGAGGUUCCACCUCCACGUUGAAGUGAAACUACCUUUGAUUGAUCAAGCCAGAUCAUCAGAACGAUUGACUGAUAGUUAAGUUUGAUCGCGAACGAUUGUAAUACAAAGCAAAGCGACUGUUAUGAUGAGAUAGAUGAGUAAAGUAAUUAUGUCCUUUAGUUCAUGAAAUCGAUAUAACAAAAUACCCCUAGACACAUGCAGCUGCGAAACUCAUCAAAGAGUUGUUCCACUCCAAACCCCUUUAAUACAAAAGUCAUUUAACCACAUAUAGGACGCUAAAUAAAGAACAUUUCUGAAAAAAUAAAGCUUUCCAUUGAUAUCAAAUAGGAUGCAGUCAGGAGAUAAUAAGUAGCCUACCUGAAUCGAAUCAGUAAAAGUUAAAAACAUUUUAAAAAUGACUUUUUACUUAAUAAUAGGAUUUACACAAUAAUUUUUGCUCACUUUUCUUAUAUCUUUAAUAAUUUAUUUAAAUCAUUAAAAAACUUUUUGAAACCAAAUACAUAUCAAUAUACUAGAAAUACUUUAGCUCUCUUCAUCACUAGACCUGCGCCUUAACAUUUAAGGACGAUUGUCAUACAGCUAUGUCUUUUACAUACUGUUAGCUAUCUCCCUGUGGCAUGGGCCUAGGGAGCCGCUCAACAAACUCUUGCCAGAAGAGUAUAGGUAUAGGUAUUGGUCUAGGUCAAGAAGGAACACUUAUAGUUAUAGCUAGUGGUACAUAUGGAGGUAUAUGUAUAGUUCCCUAUAGGUAAUUUUACAGGAGGAGGUAUAGAUGUAGGAAGAGCACGAAUAGGUAUUUGUAUAGGUAGUGGUACAGGUGUAAAAAGAGCACGAAAAGAUAUAUGUAUAGGUAGUGGUACAGGUGUAGGAAGAGCACGUUUAGUUAUAGGUAGUGGUAGAGGAGAAGGGAUAAUUAUAUGAAGACGUUUAGAUAUUAUAAAGAUCAUAUGGAGUGAUGAUGUUACUUGUAGUUAUUACUUAUAUUAUGUAUUCACCAUCACAGAUGUCCAUGAUUAUAUAACGAAGCACGAUGGCCAAAACUAAGAGUUUGCAUCACAACAUUUAUUUACUGAUUAAAGUACACCAUAUGAAAUAAUACCUCCAUAAAUCAGAGCAAAUAUAAUUGUCCUAACUUCUUCCACUUCACAUUUGUUGAAUCAACAUUAAGAUGCUGUAUUAUAAAAAAGUAAUUAUAGCAAGUGCUAAUCAAGAAAUAUAAUCAAACCGCCAUUCAUCCGGGUCCUUCACUGUCUAAUCAAUAACUGCCAAACUUCCUGUCGUUUCUACUUAACAAAACAAUACAUUCCGCCGAAAAAGCAUUAAGAUCUAAAUAUUUUAUCUGUGAAAGAUAUAAUAAGAGAGUGAGAUAUAUACACGCGCACAAAUAGACGCAGAGAAAUGGGAAUGCCUUAUUCUAACGUUUAAACCAUUCGGUCACCCAGCUUGGUGAGUUCACUUGCGUAAUAUCUCAUUUCUCUCGCACAGAUUUUUUUUUUUUUUAAACCAAGUUGAACUUUGAACCGACCCUGGCACACAUGACACACAUGACUAAUUUUAGAACACGUGUCACAACUGUACAAAAACAAAACAAUCAUUUCAAUUAGCUUUGAUACUCGCUAUAUAUCCGUGUGGAUAUAACUUAAUGACUUCAUUUUGUAUUCAGUUACCUAUAACUAGCAUUACAAAUACCUUAACCAUGACAAGUUCCAUACGGUAACGUUUUAGUUAUGUCAGAGUUAGCCCUCUACAAAAAUCACUGGCACAUAAAAAGGAUUUAUAUUUUAAAUGCUAUCCCAAUGCAAUCGGUUUAAAUAAUUAAAAUAGGCCAUAAUUCUACAUCUAUUAAUUCAAGUCAAAACGAUUGCGUUGUCUCAGUGGCGUCGCUAGUGGGGUGCGGAAAGCACCGGGUGACACCAUCUCAGGGGUGACACUAAAUUGAAAAAAUUCAUAUUUACAGAAAAACAACUUUUCGGUCUAAUUAAACCUCAUAAAAGAAUAACCGAUCACAUGUAAAUUUCCCACACAGUUUACCAAUCCACAUGCGUGCUUUAUUAAAAGUUCAAGGUUGAUGCCUCAUAAAUGGGGUUACCCUAUAAUUAGGUCAGAAAAACACUGUUCUCAACAGGAAUGAAGUGUUUGUUAACUUUCGUAAGUGAAAGGAAGCUAUAUUGAUCUACAUUCUGAGAAAUAAAGAUUUCCGUUGAUACCAAAUACGAUCUGGUCGAGCGAUUCUCAGUACAUAAAUCAAAUCUGUAAAAACUCAACACGUUAAAAAAUUACACUUUACCCACUUAAAGUGUAAACAAAAUAAUAUUUUUAGAAGAUUUUAAUAACUUUUGUUUGAAUGUAAAAAAUGGUUUUUGAAUCAAAAUAUAAUAAAACUAAGAAAUACUCAAAACUAAAUGUUAUCGCCGAUUAGCCACUCACACUUUGACACUCCCCCUUUAACCGUUAGCACUUUUGAAAUACAGCACAAGGUCAUUUACGUGCUGUCUGUGAUUUCACGUUUAUCUGCUUCAUUUUCACAUCGGCUCAUCUACUUACGGAAGUUAAUCUUAUACAGCAGUAUCUGCAAACCAAAGGCUUUACUCUUAACAAAGUGGUGACCAACCUAGAGAUUUUAAGAUUGUUUUUUCCAAGAAAAGGGCUGUAACUUGGUGGAACAUGCUAUUGAAAAUGCACUUUUAAAAUAAGACAAAUUAUGGCAUUUCUGUAAAAAGAAGAUUAAGGUUUAAGAAGAGAAUUGCAGGAGAACAGUUUAUUGAUAUCGGACUUUCAAUGGCUAAAGAAAACAAAAUGGAGAUGCUGGAAUGUAUUGAUAGCUUUUCUUCUGAACCCAAGAACUGAUCAUAUAUAAUAAAGAAAUUAGCAGAUAUUUCUGGGCUGUUCAACCGACGAGUCUACUAUCAGCUUGUGAAGAAGAGUUAUUGAUGUCCACUCCAAAAUUAAACUCUUUCUAUGUUGAAUUAUCAGAAGAUGAAAAAAAAAAUUAUUAAGGCUUAGAAUACAGCAAAACGCAGCUGAUAUUGAAUUUCACAAAGUCAUGGAUUGGUCAGCAUUUGAUGUAUUUAAAUUCAGAGCUAAAUGAGACUUCUUAGAAUCUUUUCCAGUACUCUCGCUAAGCCUUCAAUUGUUUGUUACGAUAUGUAUGUAUGUGGCUGCAUGUAAUGAAAGCUUUUCAAAAUAAGGCUUAUCAGGAACUAGUUACGAACCACCAUGGGACAGUAAAGGCUUUGAAAUCUGGCUCUCUUAUCAAUUAAAAUAGGUACUGUGAAUGAUAUUGAUUUUGUUUAGGUGAUUGACUUAUUUGAAGCUUUGAAAUCCAGAAAAAAGAAAAAUAUUAAUACAGUAAAUUUAAUGUAACAAGAACGAUAACGUAACACUGUUACAGUUCUGUUAUUGUGGACUAGCGGACUGGACCGUACCGAUAGCCAGUCAAGGUAACAGCGUGCAUGCGCAGAGAGACUGGAGAGAGUGUGUGUGUUUAUGAACCGUGUUCCGGAUGCAAGCAGAAAGUCAACACCUAAUUGAGAACUUGUAUUUAUGUAUAUAUAUGUUUAUGUUACUGGUUUGAAAUAAAAACAAUGAAAACAUAACAAAAUGGUUGCCAGUAUAAACAAAACAGUGAGGUAUCGACCAGCAUCAACAACACAGUAUGAUGGUCUGUAUUAACUCAAUACAAAACUCAGUACAACUCAGUACAACAGAGUGAUAGUUUGAUACGCACGAGUGAGUUCACGGGACGGAGGAAGUAAAUACACAAUGGAGUCAAAUCUGAGCCAAGCUGACAUUAUCCAGAAGCUCAUACAGCAGAACGAGCUACUUUUGAAACUAGCAACAGGUAAUACGGCUACUAAUAUGAAGUUUACACAUUUCAAUAGUAGCUACUACAAGUUAACUUGGUGUUGGCAAAUAAUGAAACAAAGGAAAGGCAGGCACACAUUUUAAUAAGCCAGACGCCAGAGCUGCAUAAAAUGUUAUCAACCAUCUUACAACAAAAAGAACCACCACAAAAUGUAAAUGACUUGAACAAAAAAGAAAUAUAUAGAAUAAUGAUGGAUCAAUUUGAUCCCACCACAUUUGUAAUCAGAGAAAGGUUCAAAUUUUGGUCUUAUUCUAGAAGAAAACUGGGGCAAACAAUCAAAGAAUUGGCAGCUAGGAUCACACAGGAUGCAGCGACUUGUGAGUUUAGUAAUAUCAAAAAUCCUCUAGAUGAAGCUUUACGAACAAGAUUCAUGUGCUCUGUAAAGAAUGGGGCGUAUUGAAAAUUUUGUUUAGGAUGAAGGACACUGAAGUGUCAUUCAACAAGGCAGUUGAAAUAGCUGUUGAAACAGAUGAGGAAGAGAAAUGUGCCAAAGAAACAGUCCAGGAAGAAACGCCUAUCAAUAAAAUUCAGACACAAAGAAAGAAGCAACAUCAGACGGCAGAGAAAUUUUCUCAAUCUCAAAGACAUGAAUUUCCGAGUGGAACUUGUGGCAGGUGUGGAGUAAGAGGUCAUAAAGGAAAUGUCUGCAGGUACAAAGUCGUGAUCUGCCGCUUUUGCCACAAAAGAGGACAUCUAGAAAGAGUUUGUCUAAAUUAGAAAGAGAAUGCUCCCAAACAGAAACCGAUUCAUCUCAAAAGAAUAAGAAGGCAAAAGCAAAUAAAAACUAUCCCGCCCAUUAUUCAGGAACUCAUUUUAGAAGGAAAGAGGUUUGCAUUUGAAAUUGACACUGGAGCCGGAGAAACUUUUAUGUGUGAAUCUAUUUGGCGAAAGCUGGGACAACGCACAUUGAGUCCAGUAUCGGUCAAGUACGAGUCAGCAACUGGUCACCUACAUAAAGUUUUGGGUAGUGUACAGAUAAAGGCUGAUGCAGGGGAAAUAACUACACAUUUGUUAUUUGUAAUAGUGAAAAACAACAACGUAAAUUUGUUGGGAAGAACGGCAAUAAAGAACCUCAGGAUUUCAAUAGACGCACUGUUUCAAACAAGGACAAAUCACAUUGCUAAUCAAAACUCAUUGAUUAAAGCUCGUGAAAAAAUCCGUAAGUCAACUGAACAUUGCAAUGCGGAGCAAUAAAGAACCUCAGGAUUUCAAUAGACGCACUGUUUCAAACAAGGACAAAUCACAUUGCUAAUCAAAACUCAUUGAUUAAAGCUCGUGAAAAAAUCCGUAAGUCAACUGAACAUUGCAAUGCGGAUGCUCUUAGUCGUCUACCCUCAGGGCCUGAUGACAAUUUUGAUGUGGAAGAAAGUGAAGCAGACAUGGAUGCUGUAUGUAUGAUCAAACAAAUCAGUUUACAGAUCAGACCAACAGACCCAGGAGUCCUUGCUAAAGAGUCACUUAAAGAUUAUACUGUGUCUACAGUAAUGAGAUAUUGUCAAGAGGGAUGGCCUUCCUCUAUAAACAAAGAACACUUGAACAAGGAGUCAGCUAAUAUAGCAGCUUUUAAAAAUAUUCAAGACUCACUCUCCGUGGAGUCGAAUUGUCUAUUUUAUGGUUCGAGAAUUGUGGUACCAAAAAUACUACAAGCUCAAGUUCUCCAAAUCCUGCAUACAGGACAUUUUGGAAUUGAGCAGAUGAAAAAGUUAGCAAGAUUAUCUGUAUAUUGGCCCGGACUUGAUACUCAAAUCAUGGAGAUAGGUCGAACACGCCAAGCAUGUGCAGAACACGCCAGAAACCAAAACAAAGCAAGUAUCCACCCAUGGAUGAUGCCAGAAAAACCAUGGAGUCGAGUGCAUAUCGAUCAUGCCAUUAACUGUAAGGGAUCUCAUUGGCUGGUGGUGAUAGAUGCUUAUUCAAAGUACCCGUGUAUCCACAGGACAGCAUCUACAUCGACCAAAGCUAUCAUUGAUCUUCUGGAGCAAGAUUUUGUUCAUUUCGGCUAUCCACACACCGUAGUCAGUGACAAUGCUACUUGCUUCAUCUCAGAAGAAUUUCAGCAUUGGUGUAAGGAGAAGGGUAUUGUUCAUCUUGCAGGUGCUCCCUAUCAGCCUGCUACAAAUGGAGCUGCCGAACGACUGAUUCAAAGUUUCAAGAGUUCACUAAAGAAAUCCUCAUUACCUUUAAAGGAAUCUCUACAAGACUUUCUGCGUCAGUAUCGUAGGACACCAUUGGCAAAUGGAUUAUCACCUAGCCAACUGCUGAAUAAUCGGCAAAUAAGUACACUUAUUGAUACCCUAGUUCCCUCUCCUGCCCAUCGAGCACAAGGACAGCAUCUUAAAGAAAUAGCCGUCCGCCAUGGGACAAAAAGAAGUACUAGUCGAACAUUUAACCGGGGAGAUCCAUGUUCCGUCAGAGUAUAUGGAACAGAAACAGACUCUAAACCACGAUGGGCUCCCGGUACAAUCAUCCAAGUUAUGGGUCCACGUCUCUUCAAGGUAAAGAUUUAUCCAAAUGGUCCCAUUUGGAAGAGACAUUUAGACCAACUUCGCCCCAGGUACGGAGCAGAAGAAGAUUCAGAACCAGGUUUGGAUAUAAUGACAGAAAGUCUUUAUCCAACAGCUCAGGCAGCCCUGAGUCAUCAACCGUCUACACAUCCAACAACUCCAAGUCAGCCUAAGAAGAAGAUUAACACUCGACAUCCAAGACCUUCAGACUAUGUCAUUCCCAGAAGAUCUCAAAGACAACGGCGAGCACCAUUGGUACCGGACUUGUAAUUGUUCGGGGAGGUGUAAUGAUGGACUAGCGGACUGGACCGUACCGAUAGCCUGUCAAGGAAACAGCGCGCAUGCGCAGAGAGACUGGACACAGAGAGUGUGUGUGUGUUUAUGAACCGUGUUCCGGAUGCAAGCAGAAAGUCAACACCUAAUUGAGAACUUGUAUUUAUGUAUAUAUAUGUUUAUGUUACUGGUUUGAAAUUAAAACAAUGAAAACAUAACAAGUUCUUAAAUACAUCUACCUCUUGAAAAUCAAUUAUUAUUUUUUAUAUUUCUUUUGAUUGCUAUGCUACGGACUUAUUUUAACAUGGAGAACACCAUCGUGGCAGUCGGGAGGGGAGAUGACUCCAUGAAUUUACCGCACCGAGUGACACCGAGUGACACCGAGCCUAGCUACGCACUACGUCAAGCUAUCGAGCUGAUAUUUAGCACAUAGACUCGUUGCCAAUGAAAACACAUUCUAUUAAAUUAUUACUGUCCCAUCCCCAAACCUCAAACCGCAAAGGUCAGCGUUACCUGUUUUUUCAAGGGAAACAUGAAGGAAAUCCCCUUAAACACGCCAAAUAAGAUUUUAAAAAAAACAAAAAAAAUAUCAGUAAAUGCGUUUGGUGCGUAAUACUUCCUUUGUUUUUCUGAAAUAGUUUGUGUAAUAAAUCUGUUUGUACAAAAGCGGGCGGGUCAAUAAAUGUAAAAAUAUUUCAGGGGCGUGAACAAAAAUGUGCGGUUUCGAGUCUUGAGGGGGAAAGGUGAGCACUAAUUGUGAUUCUUAUAAUUGCAUUACUUGUAUGCAUGUUUUGUCACCUUUUCAGCCCUAACCCGCCCAUUGCUAAAUAUUACAUUUUACGAAGGAUUCAUAUAAAAAAAAUAUGUGUGCGUUUAAUUUGUUAAAAAAAAAAACAAAAAAAAAAAAACAAAAAAAAUUUAGGUUAUUGUUUUAUACGGGUUUUCUAAGGUUGGGGGGGGGGGUGGAUUUAUAUAGCCCCAAAAUAGAGAUGGCUGAAAAAAAGAAUGAAUAUAAAUAUCAAUUCAAUAAAUUCAUCCUCAAAGGAUUUUAUGUAAUUCAUUAUAGUUGGAAAUAAGGUUGGGGGGGGGGGUGGAUUUAUAUAGCCCCAAAAUAGAGAUGGCUGAAAAAAAGAAUGAAUAUAAAUAUCAAUUCAAUAAAUUCAUCCUCAAAGGAUUUUAUGUAAUUCAUUAUAGUUGGAAAGGAUGUGGAGAUGACUCCACUUCAUAAAUUAGAUACGGUACAUCAUAAAUAAGAUACAUCAUAAAUAAGAUACAUUUUAGAUAAGAUGUAUUAUAGUUAUGAUGCUUGAUGGACAAGAUACAUCUUAGACAAGAUACAUCAUAGGCAUAAUGCAUCUUAGACAAGAUACAUUUUAGACAAGAUACAUCAUAGACAAGAUACAUAUUAUAGACAAGUUACAUCAACGAUUAGUUACAUCACUGACAAGAUACUUACAUCAUAGGAAAGUUGCAUCGUAGAUAAGAUUCGUCAAGACAAAAUAUUGAUUAAACUCGUAUGAUUAUUAUUAUUAUAUCUUACUUCCGGACAAGGUAUGCCAAAACGGCUGAUCUCAAGAAGAGAAAUAAAGAUUUAAAAAUUCUCCUUAGUGUACCAGUACCAUGGUCUGCACCCAAGCCUUUCGCUGCAAUCGUGGCUAGAGAAGACAGUCGAAAUGAAUUUAUCUCGAAUGCCAUCACUUACUUAAGAAAACAUAAAUUCGAUGGCCUUCAUAUUGAUUGGUGGUAUCCAAAUAAAGAUGGAGUUACAGAGGAAAAAAAUCAUUUGACUGCUUUCCUGAAGGUAUGGGUAAAAUCUAUAAUAUUAAUUUUUCUUUUAAUAUGAUUGCUUCCAUUGCCCGUUAGCAUGCAACAUAUAAAUGUCGAUAAGUACAAUGAAUGACAUCUUUAAAAAAAAUAUAAUGCAAAUUCGAUCGGUACGUAAUAUUUUCUUUUCAUUUACGGAAAUAGAAAUGGUCUCAAUUUAAAUAUGGCGUAGUAAAAAAUUAGGUUUAAAAGUAGCUAGAAUAUAAGAUUAUUAAUAUAGAAAUAAUAAUUGUGCAGUGGCGUAUCAUGGGGAGGGGGGAAAGUGUGUAUAAAAAAUGUGGAUUCUUACAUGUGCAUUACUAAUACUUGCGUUCAUAUUUUGUCAUGUACUUUAGUAAAUAGGAAUUUUAUGCAAUGCUGCCACCGAUGUUUAGCAAUUAAUAAGUGAUGAAAUAUUAUUUCACAAGCUUAUUUUGUGUAUUUUAAUGAAUCUUUGGACUCUGCCAUUUCAUGGUAGAAUAUGGGCUUUAGAUUCAGUGAAAAUUUAAGGACAUAUUUUUUGAGUGAUAACAUUAUUAUUUUAAAAAUACUGCAAUAUUAAAUUGUCAAUGUUGUUCCAACAACAUUUAGAUAACGUCACUGUAUUGAAAUGUUUCUUGAACAAAACCACUAUCCAUAUCUACAUCAAUUAAUGUAACUGCACAGAACCACCAUCAACGUAUACCUGAAUUGAUAUGCCUGCACAGAACCACCUUUCACUUAUUCUUGAAUUGAUAUGCCUGCAAAGAACCACAAUCCACGUAUACAUAAAGUGGAUAUACCUGCACAGAACCACCAUGCACAUGUACAUGAAUUUGAUAUACCUGCACAGAACCACUGUCCACUUAUACACGAAUGUAUAUACCUACACAUAACCACUGUCCACUUAUACACGAAUGUAUUUACCUGCACAGAACCACUGUCCACUUAUACACGAAUGUAUAUACCUACACAGAACCACUGUCCACUUAUACGCGAAUGUAUUUACCUGCACAGAACCACUGUCCACUUAUACACGAAUGUAUUUACCUGCAUUGAACAUGGUGCAUUUCGUCAAAAUUACUUCAAAUGUUAUUUUAAACUGUAAAUGUAACAGUAAAUAUCACUGCGUUAUUUUACAAAUCCGUUCUUUUAAAUUACGUUUCAAAUUUAAAAAAAAAAAUUACUAGUAAAUUUAUACUGAUCAUCAACUUAGCGAUUGGUUUUCGACGCGCAAUGGUUUUAUUUUUUUUUCGAUUUUUACGAAUGAUUUUGCAGGAGGCGUCUGAGGCGUUUCAAAAUAAUUCGAUAGAAACUGGAAGAUCAAGACUCCUACUGAGCGUAAUUGGUGACCCUUUUCAAGUUGGCUAUUACGAGGUCUCCAAAAUUGCAAGGUAUUUUAUGUUUAAGUAUUGCCAAGUGAUUGAUAAACUUUCAUAAAGGGAAAAGGGAAAGGGGGGGGGGGGAGAGGUUAAAAUGGACAGCUUUUAUUUUGCACUCAAAGAAUUAUGUAUUAAUGUUUAAAUUUGUUGGAUAGAAGUAUAAUUUAAAUUGAUUGUUGUAGUUUUAACACUAUGGAAAUGUUAUUUCGUUAUUGCAAUUUUCCCCAAAUUAUCUUCAUUCAGAAAACAAAUUUGAUAGUUCUGAUAAUUUCUGAGCCAUUAACUUAAAUAGAAUUUUCAAACUAGCAGGAUAACUUGCUUUAAUUUAUUAAAAAGGCAAUUUAUGAAUACAGAAUUCUAAAUAAUUUUAAAAAUAUUUUAUACAAAAUAGGUAUGUGGACAUGAUGAACAUUGUAGGCUUUAGGUUCUUUGGUUCCUGGAACUCACACAUAAGUCAUCACAGUCCUCUAUACGGAGACGGCAGCAGCGUGGUAAAGAAAUGACGUCAUAUAUUUUCACUUGUUUAUUGAAUACUCUCAUUCCAAAAGGAAAUGUAAAAUACCUUUGUUAUUUCAAAUAUAAGAUGUUUUCUGCUCAUAAUGCUUAAGAUUUAAACUCAACACAUAUUUAAAAAAGUGCGUAAUGCUUUAAUGGUCUGGCUUUAAUAGGUGUUUUAGGAUCAAUUUACAAUCCCGAGUGUUUUUCACCAUUUUCUUUACGAAUGGUUACAUGUUUGAUUUACAAAAAAAAACAUAUGUUAAUAAGUAAUUAAAAAAUUUAAUUAUAAUCAUUCAAAAAAUUAAUAUGAAAAAAUAUGUGUUUAGUUGCAGGGACGUCAUUUGGGUAGGGCAGGGCAAUUGCCCCCCACCCCCACACCGUGAUUUUGCAUGUAUUAUUUAAAUUGCUAUGUACUGUGACGCCUCCAGUAAUAAGUAACUUAACAAGCGACCAGGAUUUGGUUUUGCCACCCCCCCCACCCACCUUUUGCAAAAACUUGAUGUGACGCCACUGUUUAGCUGUACUGCAAUAUGUGUUUAGCUAUUUGAAAUUAAAUGUGUUUAGUGACAUAACAUUAUGUGUUUAGCUAUUUGAAAUUAAAUGUGUUUAGUGGCAUAACAUUAUGUGUUUAGCUAUUUGAAAUUAAAUUCUUUUAGUGGCAUAACAUUAUGUGUUUAGCUAUUUGAAAUUAAAUGUGUUUAGUGGCAUAACAUUAUGUGUUUAGCUAUUUGAAAUUAAAUGUGUUUAGUGGCAUAACAUUAUGUGUUUAGCUAUUUGAAAUUAAAUGUGUUUAGUGCCAUAGCAUUAUGUGUUAAGCUGUAUGAAAAUAUAUAUUGUAUAUAUUCAACUGUGUUUAGCUUUUUGACAAUAUAAAUUGUAUGUAUGAAACUGUUAGUGUUAAGCUGUAAUACAAUGUACAUUUUUUGUAUUAAACUGCAGUGAUUAGCUGAUGACAAUGUAUAUUGUAUGUAUUAAACUGUAUGUGUUUAGAUGUAUGGGUAUUCAUAUUGUGUGGAGUAAAAGGAUUAAAUGCAUGUGUUUAGUUCUAUGACUAUUAUAUAUUCUCCAUGACAUUAUAUAAUUGAACUUUAGGGUAGGGCAAUACUGUUAUAUAUAAUUUGGAAAAUUCUGGUUAGGGCUUCCUUCAAAUACAGAUGUGGAUGACAUUAGUAAUAAAAUAAUAGAAAUAUCAGAACCAAUUAGAUCUCAUAGAGCCAAAAGUACAGUUUUUUUAUAAAUACUGAUCUCAAAUAUAAAAACUGAACUCGUAUAUUACACUGUUCUAAUGUAUAUAUAAAUACAAUACUCAUAUGUAAAUACUGAACUCAUAUAUAAUACUCUUCUCAUGUAUAUAAAAAUACAAUCCUCAUAUAUACAUACUGAACUCGUAUAUAAUACUGCUCUCAUGUAUUUACAAACGCAUUCCAAUAUUAUUUCAGGCCAGCUCAUUACAAUUGUGGAAGAAAAAUGGAAUGCCUGCUGAGAAAUUAAAUUUAGGUAUAGCUUUUUAUGGUGUGUAUGUUCAUGUGGAGAACAAAACGCAUUAUUCUGACCGCAUGAAAAUUGUCCACGUUGGAAAGCCACUUUACACUUCACAGAGCGAGGGGUUGAUAUCAUUUGGUCAGGUAAGCGUGUCUUCCGAUGUGCUUUUUUUUCAAAUACUUUUACAAUGUGUAGUUCAAUGAUUAAUAAUAUAGAUAACAACAAAGAAAUCUUCGUUUUUUGUAUUGGCUUUUAAAAUUAUUCCUGGUUUUAUUUGUGACGCUUAUUUCAUAGAUAAAUACACACAUAUUUCAUUCUAGAUUUUCAUAGUUUUAUAAUAUUUAAAAAAACAAACAAAGAAAGACAGUGCGCUUUGGUUUAAAUUUAUCAAGGGCAAGUUGUGAAUCUAUUUUAGAGUAUCUAAAACGAGUUUUUUGGGUUGAUUUGAUGGCAAGAGAACGAGUUUGGGGUAUUAGUGUUUGUUGACUGGCUGAUCAAUUUGUAUAAACUGAUAUAUCAAUAAUUAAUUCGAUUUUAUUAGUUAAAUAAAGACUGUUAUGUAGCACAAUUUCCUGUGCGUGAACUUUCAUCGACCUCGCAGUACACUCCUAGCAGACAGUAACGUCUGUUGUGGGCGUGGUUAAAUCUCUUUGAUGUAUCUUGUUUACAAUCGGCUUCCAAUGACACAUUGCGUAGUUGUCUCCUGGUAUCUUCUCGAAUGUGCUCCUUAACCCGAGAUAUGUAAACAACACGUCCAAAGUCCUACGCUACAUGUAUAUAAAGGAUUGACAGAUACGAAGAGAGGAGAUUCAGAUAUAUAUUAAUUUUACGAGGCGUGUAUUAUUCCUUGUGUAUUGUUUUUUGUGUAUUUGUGUGCUCAUACUCAUAUGUGUUUAUUUCGCAUUAUUCAUUGGUACAUUAUUCUAUCUGUGUUAACUGUGUACCAGUACAAGAUCUACCAUACUGUAAGUUGAAGAUUGUAAUUAUAUUUUCUUUUCUUUUGUAAUCAUCUUAAGAAUUAAUAAAUCUUAUUAAUUGUAGCUAGAAACUGUUUUGGGUCGUAUCUUUAAUAUUGUUGAUUCUAUGGUAUCGUCCUUUGUUAGGCACUGUUUACAACGAGCCAAAUUAAAAUUAAAAUAUGAGAUUAAUUUCUGCCAAUACAAGUCAGUGCGUAACAAAGACAAUUAUUUAAACUGAUAAAAUCUCAUUGCAACGUCAAGAUUAAUUUAAAUCAAAACCAAAUGAACAGAUUCAAAGCUGCAAACGCAUUGUUGAAAGACAGUUUUCGUAUUGCAUUUAACCAAGUCGACAUUGACAUAAUGAUGUUUUGUGGUGUCUUGUCAGCUUGUACGCCGCGCAUGAGUUUAUUCAGCUAAAUAUUUUCCGCUUCAUUGACGUAUGUAUUCUUAGUUGUGGUGUGCUGAAAUUUGUAAGUGUCUGACUUAAAGUGGCUAUAUAUGGAAAUGUGGCCAAAUUGAGCAUUCACUUUAUGUCAUUCUGUUUCAACGGCUGUCUAUGUUAGCUCUAACUCAGUUAUGACAUGGUGAAUUUAAUUCAUGUAUUAAAUAAAAUUACCAAACCGCUUGGAUCAUAAAGCUUUACUUUCUAGUUUGAUCUGAGGUUUCCGUUUCAACAACUUUGUUUCAUUACUAAUAAUUAGGGCUUAGCUGGGUUCAAUCAUUGUACUCCAAUCCUAUUUGAGGUAUUUUAUAACAAUACGUGGCGUGUCUGAGUCUAGUACAGAUAUUGACUUAUUAUUAACAGUCAGUAUCAUCAGUCUUUGAGUAUCAUCAGUCAUUCAGUCAGUAUCAUCAGUUAGUCAGUAACAUCUCUCAGUUAGUCAGUAUCAUCAGUCAAAAUACAGCGUCAUUCAGUCAGUAUCAUGAGUCAGUCAGUAACAUCAAUCAGUUAGUAGCAUCAAUCAGUCAGUAUCAUCGGUCAAAUGUAUCAAUAUUCAGUCAGUAACAUCAGGCAGUUAGAAUCAUCAAUCAGUCAUUAUCAUUAGUCAGUCAGUGUGAUCAGUAAGUCAGUAUUGGAAAUGCAAUAUUAGUUGUAAAUAGAUAGGUCAUGGUCAUAAUCAAAGGUAUGCAUCUUGUUAAAACAAAGAAUUGCAGAAAAUUAGCAACAACUAUACAACAUUUUGUUCAGAUCUUUUAAUGAAAUUUAACCAACAUUUUGUUUUGCAUUAAUCGCUAUUCAAGUUUCUUUUAUUUUUUUUUUAAAAAAACGUAAGCUAAAAUGUACAGAACAUUUUAUUAAAACUGCGAAAAAAAAAUUUAUUAUAUGGACAUGGUUCCGUAUUUUGAAGGGUUUAUUUCUUAUCAGCACACGGCUUAGUCCCACCAAAAUUGUUAGAGUAGGUUUAUUUCUUACCACAACCCACUAAGUCCCACUUAAAAUGUUAGAUUUGGUUCAUUUCUUAUCAGGACCCAGCUUAGUCCCAUUACAAAUAUUAUAUUAGGUUCCUUUCUUAUCAGAUUCAACUUAAUCUCAUUAAAAUGUUCGAUUAGGUUAUUCCUUAUCAGCCCUUAUCAGCAUUCGGCUUAAACCCCAUAAAAAAAGUUAGAUUGUGCUCAUUUCUUAUCAGUACCCGGCGCUGUUCUCAAAAAAUGUUAGACUGGGAUUAUUUCUUAUCAGAAUUCCCAAAGUUCCACUAAAAAUAUUAGAUUUGGUUCACUUCUUAUCAGCACUCGGCUUAGUCCAACUAAAAAUGUUAGUUUAGGUUAUUUUCUUAUAACGACCCGGCUUAGCACUAAGCCAAAAAUGUUAGAUAAGGUUUCUUUCUUAUUGGAACACACUUAGUCCCACAAACAAUUUUAUAUUAGUAUAAUUUAUUAUAACGGCCCGGAUUAGCCCUAAUAAAAUUUUUGAUUAGGUUCCUUUCUUAUCAGAACCAAACUAGUCUUACUAAAAAUGUUAGUUUAGUUUAAUUCCUAUCACGACACGGCUUAGCCCUAAUAAAUUAUAGAUUGCGAACAUUUCUAAUCAGAAACAACUAAGUCCCACCAAAAAUGUUAGAUUUGUUUAUUUCCUAUCAGCACUAGGAUUAUUCCCAAUACAAAUGUUAGAUUAGGUUAAUUUCUUAUCAGCGACCGGCUUAUUCCCACUAAAAAUCUUAGAUUGAAAAAAUUUCUUAUGAGCGCUUAGCUUAAAUCCAUUAAAAAAUUUAUUUGGCUCAUUUCUAAUCAACAUUCGGCUUAGUCCCACUAAAAAUGUUAUAUUAGGUUAAUUUCUUAUUAGCACUCGGAUUAGUCCCUCACAAAAUGUUAGAAUAGUUUAAUACCUUAUAACGACCAGGCUUUGCCCUAGUAAAAUGUUAGAUUAGGUUAAUAUUUUAUCAGAAAUCAUUGAGCCCUUCUAAAAAUUUUAGAUAAGUUAAAUGUCUUAUCACUAUCCGGAAGAUUAGGUUCCUUUCUCAUCAGAACCCUCUUAGUCCUACUAAAAAUGUUAGAUUGGGUUAAUUUCUUAUCAGAAUCCAAUUAGUCACACUAAAAAUGUUAGAUUAGGUUCAUUUCUUAUCAGAACCCAAUUAGUCUCACUAAAAAUGUAAGAUUAGGUUCAUUUCUUAUCGGCGACCAGCUUAUUCACACUAAAAAUCUUAGAUUGAAAUAAUUUCUUAUGAGCGCUUGGCUUAAAUCCAUUAAAAAAUUUAUUUGGCUCAUUUCUAAUCAGCAUUCGGCUUAGUCCCACUAAAAAUGUUAUAUUAGGUUAAUUUUUUAUUAGCACUCGGAUUAGUCCCACAAAAAAUGAUAGAAUAGUUUAAUACCUUAUAAACGACCAGGCUUUGCCUUAAUAAGAUGUUAGAUUAGGUUAAUAUCUUAUCAGAAAUCAUAUAGCCCUACUAAAAAUUUUGGAUAAGUUAAAUGGCUUAUCACGAUCCGGCUUUGCCAUAAUAAUACAUAAGAUUAGGUUCCUUUCUCAUCAGAACCCUCUUAGUCCCUCUUAGUCCUACUAAAAAGGUUUGAUUUGGUUCAUUUCUGAUCAGCAGAACUCAAUUUGUCCUACUAAAAAUGUUAGAUUGGGUCUCAUUUCUUUUCAGAUCCCACUUAGUCCAACUAAAAAUGUUAGAAUAGGUUAAUUUGUUAUAACGACCCGGCUUAGCCCUAAUAAGAUGUUAGAUUAGGUUCAUUUCUUAUCAGAACCCAAUUAGUCUUACUAAAAAUGUUAGAUUGGGUUCAUUUUUUAUCAUCACCCAGAUUAGUCCCACUGAAAAUGUUACAUUAUUUUCAUUUCUUAUCAGAACACACUUAGUCUUAAAAAAAUGUUUAUGUGUUUUUUUUUUUCUUAUCCACACCCAUCUUAGUCAAACUAAAAAUGUAAGAAAAGGUUGCUUUCUUAUCGGAACACACUUAGUUCUACUAAAAAUGUUAGAUAAGUCUAAUUUAUCAUAAAGACCAGGAUAAGCCCUAAUGUUACAUUAAGAAGUGGUGUCAGCGGGGCGAGUCCAGACUCUUAUGCCCCCCCCCCCAAAUUACCCCUCCCCGGUCUGACGUACCGGGCGGCGGAGUGGCCCGUUGGAGAUGCCCACUCGUCAGGACGGCUACCACACGGGGCCCUCCCCCAAGUCCCCCACCUGGGCGCCUGGGCACUCGACCAGGACCCCGCCUGGGUUCACCCCAACCAGGAGGCACCCGUUCGAUCCGACACUAUGCGUUUAAAUAGUGCACUCGAUCGACUUUCUCAAGAGUUGGGAUGAAAAAUUUACGUCCUAAUAUCUUCCCCCACCCAUCCCGGGAAAGCGUCGGACGCCCUAUAAGAGGGAUUCCACAGUGGGCUUCCACAACGCGACUAGUUCACGCUGUAGCUGGGACGAAACGGUUGCCUAGGGGCAGCGUUCUCACGGCUGCAUUAUUUGAAUCCUCGGCCAGAGGUUACCACCCUCGCCUCUGGCCUCAUACCCGUCAACGGCAACUUGUAAUCAUGAUCCCUACCCUGGCUCUGCCUAACUUUCCGACUGCGAAAUAUCACAACCGGCAGCCCUGUGGGAGCUGUUUUAUGUACGGCAGGUACCGAGCACACCCUUUGUCUGCCCACGCGGGGCGUGCCCAGUAGUUAUGUUUCCAGGCAAACGCCGAGGGGGUCGGUGGCCGACGCUUCCUAAUCGGCAAGCCACAGCAGACUUGUCAACCGGAAACCUGGAACGAUAAGCCCUAAUAAACUUUUUUAUUAGAUUCCUUUCUUAUCAGAGCAAACUUAGUCCACUAAAAAUGUUAGAUUAGUAUAAUUUCUUAAAAUGACCCGGCUUAGCCCUCAUAAAUUGUUUGAUUAGGUUUCUUUCUUAUCAGAAACAACUUAGUCCUACUAAAAAGUUAGUUUAGUUUAAUUUCUAAUCAUGACCCGGCUUAACCCUAAUAAAUUAAAUGAUAAGAUUCCUUUCUUAUCAGAACCAUCUUAGUUCAACUAAAAAUGUUAGAUUAGGUUCAUUUUUUAUCAGAACCCACUUAGUUCCACUAAAAAUGAUAACUUUGUUUUUUUCUUAUCAGCAUCCGGCCUUGUCCCCAAAAAUGUUAGAUUUGGUUCAUUUCUUAUCAUCACCCAGCUUAUUUACACUAAAUUUUUUAGGUUGGGUUCAUAUCUUAUCAGCACUUGGGUUCAACCCAUUAAAAAAGUUUCAUUUGGUUCAUUUCUAAUCUGCACUCGGCUUAUUCUUACUAAAAAUAUUAUAUUAGGUUAAUUCCUUAUAGCGACCAGGCUUUGCCCUAGUAAGAUGUUAGAUUAGGUUAAUAUCUUAUCAGAAACAAUUUAGCCCUUCUAAACAUGUUAGAUAAGGUAGAUGUCUUAUCACGAUCCGGCUUAGCCCUAAUAAAAUAUAAGAUUAGGUUCUUUUCUUAUCAGAACCAUUUUAGUCCCUCUUAGUCCUACUAAAAAAGUUUGAUUUGGUUCAUUUCUGAUCAGCAUUCGGCUUAGUCCAACUAAAAAUGUUAGACUAGUUUAAUUUCUUAUAACGACCUGGAUUUCCCUAGUAAAAUGGUAGGCAAGGUUAAUUUCUUUUCAGAAACCAUUUAGCCAUUCUAAACAUGUCAGAUAAGGUAAAUGUCUUAUCACGGCACAGCUUAGCCUUAAUAAAAUGUAAGAUUUGGUUCAUUUCUUAUCAGCAAUCGACUUAGUGCCGGUAAAAAUGUAAAAUUUGGUUCAAUUUCUUAUCAGCACUCGGCUUAAAGCAACUAAAAACAUUAGAUAUGAUUCAUUUCUUAUCAGCACACGGCUUAAAGCAACUAAAAAUAUUAGAUAUGAUUCAUUUCUUAUCAGCACACGGCUUAAAGCAACUAAAAAUAUUAGAUAUGAUUCAUUUCUUAUCAGCACUCGGCUUAAAGCAACUAAAAAUAUUAGAUAUGAUUCAUUUCUUAUCAGCACUCGGCUUAAAGCAACUAAAAAUAUUAUAUAUGAUUCAUUUCUUAUCAGCACUCGGCUUAAAGCAACUAAAAAUAUUAGAUAUGAUUCAUUUCUUAUCAGCACACGGCUUAAAGCAACUAAAAAUAUUAGAUAUGAUUCAUUUCUUAUCAGCACUCGACUUAAAGCAACUAAAAAUAUUAGAUAUGAUUCAUUUCUUAUCAGCACUCGGCUUAAAGCAACUAAAAAUAUUAGAUAUAAUUCAUUUCUUAUCAGCACAUGGCUUAAAGCAACUAAAAAUAUUAGAUAUGAUUCAUUUCUUAUCAGCACACGGCUUAAAGCAACUAAAAAUAUUAGAUAUGAUUCAUUUCUUAUCAGCACUCGGCUUAAAGCAACUAAAAAUAUUAGAUAUGAUUCAUUUCUUAUCAGCACACGGCUUAAAGCAACUAAAAAUAUUAGAUAUGAUUCAUUUCUUAUCAGCACUCGGCUUAAAGCAACUAAAAAUAUUAGAUAUGAUUCAUUUCUUAUCAGCACUCGGCUUAAAGCAACUAAAAAUAUUAGAUAUAAUUCAUUUCUUAUCAGCACACGGCUUAAAGCAACUAAAAAUAUUAGAUAUGAUUCAUUUCUUAUCAGCACACGGCUUAAAGCAACUAAAAAUAUUAGAUAUGAUUCAUUUCUUAUCAGCACACGGCUUAAAGCAACUAAAAAUAUUAGAUAUGAUUCAUUUCUUAUCAGCACUCGGCUUAAAGCAACUAAAAAUAUUAGAUAUGAUUCAUUUCUUAUCAUCACUCGGCUUAAAACAACUAAAAAUAUUAGAUAUGAUUCAUUUCUUAUCAGCACUCGGCUUAAAGCAACUAAAAAUAUUAGAUAUGAUUCAUUUCUUAUCAGCACACGGCUUAGUCCUACAACAGUUUUUGAAUUGGUUAAUUUCUUGUCAGUACUCGACAUAGUCCUAAUAAUUUUUUAGAUUAGGUUCAUUUCUUAUCAGAAUCAUCUAAGCCAUUUUUAAAAUGUUAGAUUAGUUUAAUUUCUUAUCACGACCCGGCUUAGCCCUAAUAAAAAGUAAGAUUAAGUUCCUUUCUUAUUAGAACCAAUUUAAACCUACUAAAAAUGUUAGAUUUGGUUUAUUUCUUAUCAGAACCCGGCUUAUUUCCACUAAAAAUGUUAGAUUGUUUUUUUUUUAUCAUAAGCGCUCGGCUAAAACACACUAAAAAAGUUAGAAGUGGUACAUUUCUUAUCAGCAACCGGCUUAGUCCCAGUAAAAAUGUUAGAUUUGGUUAAUUUCUUAUCAGCACUUGGCUUAGUCCAAUAAAAAUGUUAGAUUAAAUUAAUUUCUUAUCACGACCCGGCUUUGCCCUAAUAAGAUGUUAGCUUAGAUUCCUUUUUUUUGUCAGAACCAACUUAGUAUUACUCAAAAUUUUAGAAUGCGUUCAUUUCUUAUCAGAACCCAUAUAUUCCUACUAAAAAUGUUAGAUUUGGUUGAUUUCUUAUCAGCACUCGGAUUAGUGUAACUAAAAAUGUUAGAUUAGUUUUAUUUCUUAUAACGACCCGGGUUAGCCCUAAUAAAAUGUAAGAUUAUUCCUUUCUUAUUAGAACCCACUUUGUCCAACUAAAAAUUUUAGAUUAGGUUAACUUCUUAUCAGAACCAAAUUAGCCCUACUAAAAAUGUUAGAUUGGGUUCAUUUCUUAUCGGAACCCAUUUAGUCCUACUAAAAUGUUACAGUGGGUUAAUUUUUCUAUCACCACCCGACUUAGUCCAACUACAAAUAUUAUAUUAUUUUCAUUUCUUAUCAGAACUCACUUUGUCCAACUAAAAAUGUUCGACACGGUUUAUUUCUUAUCAGUACCCGGCUUAGUCCCUCUAAAAAUGUUAGAUUAGUUUCAUUUCUUACAACGACCCGGAUUAGCCUUAACAAAAUGUUAGAUUAGGCCCCUUUCUUAUAAGAACUAACUUGGUCCUACUAAAAUUUGUUUCAUUUCUUAACAGCACUCGGCUUAGUCCCACUUAAAAUGUUAGAUAAUUUAAUUGAUUAUAUCGACCCAUUUAGCGCUAAUAAAAAUGUUAGAUUUGGUUAUUUUUUUAUCACGACCCGGCUUAGACCUAAUAAAAUGAAAGAUUAUGUUCUUUUCUUAUCAAAACCCACUUAGUCCUUCUAAAAAUGUUAGAUUGGGGUUAUUUCUUAUCAGAACCCACUUAGUCCUACUAAAAAAUGUUACAUUAAGUUAAUUUGUAAUAACGACCCAGCUUAGCCCAAAUAAGAUGUUAGAUUAGGUUCAUUUCUUAUCUGAACCCAAUUAGCCCUACAAAAUAUGUUAGAUUAGUUUAAUUUCUUAUCACGACCGCCUAAGACCUAUUAAAAUGUAAGAUUAGCUUUCUUUUCUUAUCAGGACCCACUUAGUCCUACUCAAGUGUUAGAUUGGGCUCACUUCUCAUCAGCACCCAGCUUUGUCCCAUUAAAAAUGUUCUCUAGGUUUUUUUUAAAAGGCGUAUGCUUAUUAAUCUAAAAAAAAAAUAAUAUUUUUUUAAAGCAGUUAAAACUGUGGGGGUGGGGGGGGGAUUCUUUCAUUUUUAGGACCACUUCGCCUGUACUGUCACUUAAUGACUAAUUAUUAUGAUUUUUUUUCCAUUAUUACCUUUAUCGGCGCUUCCUUGGUGAAUAGUUUGAUGAAUAGAAAUAUUAAAAUAAAAAGUGGAAUGUUUUGUAUUUAUUUUAACUGCCUUAACAUUGAUAAUGGUAAUUUACAUAGUGAAUAAAAUAAACUAAAAAAUUUCUAUAAAACUUAGAGUAUUAAUAUUAAAAAAAUUAGAAAGUGGAGUUAAUGAAAAUUAAUAAGUGUAGUAUGAACCUUACGAAUUGCCAUUUUGGAGGCAUGCCUUCAGAGGCGUUGGAGGUGGGUCGAUCAAUGAAUCAAGGAUAAUAAUUGAAUUGUUAUUUUUCGUUUGAUUUUAAUUAAUAUUCUUCCUUUUUUGUGUAACUUGUUUUUAAUAAUUUAAUUAAUAAGUGUCUUGUGUGAUAUUUUUUAAUAUAAUUUAAUUAGUAUUUCAUUAAAUUUAAUAAGUUAAUUUUCAGUAAAUCUCUUGAAAUAUUAUACUACUGACGUGGAUUAAAACACUUCGAUAAAAAUUAUUGAUAUUCUAUUUUUUUAAAUUUUCAGAUCUGCAAAUUAAUCUUUGAUCAAAAUAAAGUGCAUAGAGAUGAAAAACGACAUGUUCCCUCUUACUUUAAAGAUGGCCUGUGGUUGGGCUAUGAUGACCAAUUGAGUGUUGCAGAAAAGGUAGAUUUAAUGCUUUAUCUAGUUCUGGCCAGUUCAAUCUCGUGGAGAAUCUGUUUGUCUCAUUGUGCAAAAAAUUUCGGAAUGUUGAGGCAAUUUCGUACAAUCUCUACCCAAUCCACCUGUCAGAGCUUUCAUAGCCCUAUGUGACGAACUGUCUGUAACAAAACGUACAACCCAUCUCUUAGUGUUUUUAUAGUCCUAUGUGAACAACUGUUUGUAACAGUGCUGUAUGGGUCUCAAAUUUAUUCCAAUCACAACCAACUAUUUUCGGAUUCCAAUAGCUAUUUUCAUUCCUUGAGACUUUAGAUUCACUUUGCUGGCAAAAGUACCGACCUCCCUAAUGAGGAGCUAUUCCCGUUUCAUAGACAAUGAAAAUAAAAUUGGACACCACCAUCUAUCAAAUCCAAAGCUUUAGAUUUGUAUAUAAGGAGCUCGGAACAUGACGUCAUGAACCUCGCUUCACCUCCACUCCAGAAAUCUUAUUUGUUUAAAAAGAAUCACAUAUACUCUUUAAGCUACGCAGCCAUACACAUAUCCUAUCCUCAUUAAACCAGCUGACAAAGUUGGAGCUUUUGUUGUAUUGGACAAAAAUCUGUACAUCAAGGAGGCUUACAUUUAACUUUAAGACAGUAAUCUCUACCAACCGAGGACCCAACAAUCCUAUGAACAAACAUAACGACAUGGUAAAAGAGACUAUCAAGGAAAUGAUUGCAGAAUCGGCACUCCCCAAAUCAUCCUCUGCCUUACACAUCUUCGAUAGUGACCUCGGUAAGCCAUGCUUCUACCUACUUCCCAAAAUACACAAGUACUGUAAACCUGGCAGACCCAUUGUAUCAGCAUGCUUUUGCUCCACCUUCCAAAUCAUCACUGCCAACUUACAUUAAGGACACCAACCACGUUUUAAAACCGUCCAAUCUAUCAUAAUCCCUCCCGAAGAGAAACAGCAUCUAUUUGUUCUUGAUGUAUUUUCUCUUUACACUUCCAAUCCGCACACUGAGGAUCUCUUAGCUAUAAAAAAUUUUCUCGAGACUAAAUCUCACUCAUCUAUACCCACAAACACCCUACUCCAAUUGGCAGAACUGGUCCUAACCCUCAAUUCAUUCCGGUUUGGUGGCGAAUUUUUCGACCAAAAUCAACGGUGUUUCAAUGGGAACUAAAACGGGACCCGGCAAUGCAUGCUUGUUCAUAGAGCAUUUCGAACACAUGGUCGAAAGCAGCUUUACUAGACGCCUCACUGAAUUCUAUAAGAGAUACAUAGAUGACGGUUUAGGGGUCACCACUAUGGAGAGGAGUAAACUUGACCUUUUCAUUAACUUUGUAGGCUAUUUUCACCACUCCAUUACAUUCAAAUCUCUUUUCUCUGAGACCACCGUUAAUUUUUUGGACAUUACAGUUACUCUUCACAAGUACAGCCUUCUCAACUUGGCCUAAUUUAAGCCUACUGACGAAUGAGGCCUUUUGGGACAAAGCAUUUGAGAUGAUAGACUAUAUCAGAUGUAGGUCUUACCCGGAAAGAAAACUUUCAUCAGCCCUUCCAAUGGCUAAGAAUAUUACCCGGAGCUGAUGCCUUCAGGAAUUGUCUCUCAACGAAAAUAUUGACCGGACCAAACUUAUUAUCACUUACCACCAUCAAAAUAUUCUAGCUAAUCUUAUUUUCCUUAAAAAACACUCUAUACUACUUGGAGACACAAACACACGGGAAUUUUUCCCUUCCUCACCUCUCAUUGUUUUCAGACUGGAUGAAAAUAUGAGAGACCUUGCACGCAGUUGCAUCAACGCUGCCCCCUCCCACUUUGGGACCAAGCCAUGUGGUAGCGGCCGCUGUAACACUCGCCCUCUUUUGUCCAGACUCAACACAUACGUUUCCCUUAGGGCAGUUUUUAGAUACGCGACGGUUUCCUUUGUACUAGGCGUAAUGUCAUCUUCGCCAUUGUCUACAUCCGCAGUCAGAUGUCGUACAAAGGGGAGACUGGAGGCGACUCUCUGACGAGUGUAUCGAACACCUCAGUACCAAUUCGCAAGAUAUAAAGUUUCCCGUCUCCAAACACUUCAUUAGAACUGACCACCAUGCCAAGGUGGACUUUUUAAUAUGUGCGAUCGUAGCUAGCACAAACACACCAAUCCCGGUGAAUUUGGAACAUAAUCUUAUCCUGACUAAUGGCAUACUAACACCACAUUGUAAGGACGUUCUGUCUCUUUUCAAAGCUUUAACAUAGCUCCGCCCCUGGACGUCUCAAAAUUAUCGCAGGGGACUUACUUCUCCUCUUUUCUUUCCCUUUUAAAUCUCUCACCCACUUACUUUCUGUCACUAUUCAAUUGCUACCCUUUUGGAUACUAAUUCUAAGCUAAGUGCAAUUUUUAAAUUCUAUUCUGGUUUUUUUCUGUUUUUUCGCUGACGAAGGCUACCUGCUGACACGUUCGUUGUUUUGUUGUGUUCCUUUUUUUUAGGUUUAACCUUACUUUGUUUUACGAAAUUCAUAUUGUAACAAUGCUAACAACUCAUCUGUAAUUGCUUUCAUAGCCCUAGGUGAUCAACUGUCUUUAACAACGCUAACAAUCCACCUGACUGUGCUUUCAUAGUACUAUGUGACCACAUGUCUGUUACAACAGUUACAACCCAUCUGUCAGUUAUUUCAUAUUAUAUCUGUUAAAAACACUUACAACCAAUAUUUUAGUUAUUUCAUAGCCCUAUGUUACCAUCUGUCUGUAACAAGGCUGACAAGCCAUCUGUCAGUGCUUUCAUAGCCCUAUGUGACGAACUGUCUGUAACACUCUGAAAAUCCAUCUGACAGUGCUUUUCAUAGCCUUUUGAGACCAACUGUCUGUAACAAUGAUGACAACCCAUCUGUCGGUGCUUUCAUAGUCCUAUGUGACCAACUGUCUGCAACAACUCUGACAACCUAUCUGUCGGUGCUUUCAUAGCCCUAUGUCACUAUCUGUCUGAAACAAGGCUAACAACCCAUCUGUCAGUGCUUUCAUAGUCUUAAAUAUACGAUUUCCCAUUAAGAAACUACAAUAUAUUGAUAUGUAUUGAACAUUAGAUUAAAAUUCUCUCAUUGAGGGACGUACAAAUUGUGUGCUUUGGCGUACCUAAGCAAUUACUGCACUGAUGGUUCUUUUCUAAGUCCUUAUUACAAACUUUAUAUAGAAUAUCUGUGUUUGAGGGUAUCCUUUAAAGUCAAACUACGUCACAAAAUUGGAGGAUGCAUUUUAAGAAUGUAACAAUGUCUCACUUUGCUACACAAUUAAAUCCUUUAUUUUAGUCCAUAGAUAAUUCCUAUUUUUAAAUAAAAGUAUUGAAACCUUUAAUUCAUUAUUAGAAUAUUAUAUGACACACAGAAUAAGUUUGUUUAUAUUUUUUUUACUGAUAUAAGUUUAUGGCACGGCAGUGUUUCAGUUUAAAAUGGUGCAUGAAACUAAACAGUGAAAAAUCAUUUAUCGUUACAACGGUAUUCAUCAAAAGAUAUGAAUGAUGAUUUUAAUUGCCCGUGUGUCUAUAAAGAAAUUAAAUCUUUUUUAAAAAUAUCAAAUGUUUUUUUCAUGUAUCAUUCUGGUAUAAUACUAAUUACUAUAUACAUAAGACAAUGUGUUUGUUUAUACAAGAUAUGUUUCUACAUGUAUUUAUUGAUAUUUAUGAAACUUUGGAUACAUAAACUAAAGGGUCUGUAGAAGUGUUGUGAUUAUUUAAUUGAUAUUCCGUUCAUAGUUGUAGGUCAAAAGCUUUAUUUUUUUCUUAUAUGGCUUACAUAAAUAAAAUUACUAAUAAUGGCUAAAUCUUGACAAAACUUUGAACAAAUAAACUUGACAGUCUGUAUUAAACCUGGACAAUUUUGAAAUCAUAACACUCAAUAAGGACAGGGCCAACGACACCUUAAUUCAUUUACCUUACACUUAUUUUUCUAACAGUCUCUACGAAUUUCCUUGAAUGUUAUGAAAUCGUAACCCUCUAUUUGAAGAUAUGUUUAAGGUUUCAGAAAGUUUCAAUGAAAUUUAGGAGGUUACACUAUGUAAUCUUAAUAGCCAAGUUAUACCAAAGCUAUAAACAUGUCUUAGUUUACAAAGCAACUUCAACUUAAUUUCUGCAUAUUUUACAAAAUUGGUACUAUGACUUUCUUGAUGACUUUUAAAAUAUCAGUUGAUUUCAGACUAAUUAUGUCACAUCUUUUUGUGCCUCGGGCCCAAAAUUUUUUUUAAACAAAACGCUCCAGAUUUGAUUUUUUUGUCAUGCGAUUUUAAAAUUACAAUUUUUAAUAUAAAUAUGUUUGGUAUGCAGUCUAAAAUACUCACCUAUGUUUUCUAUUAAAAUAUUAAGUUAUUUUGGUGACGGGAUCACAAUGGUGAAAAUAUGUAAUGCAGCAACAUUGCAAAGUAUGUGGCCUGCUGCAGUAGAUUGCACACUCCUGCUUAAAGGAAUUGGCUUUAUUUGAUAAAUUUGAAGAAAAUAAUUACAACAUUUUUAUAGAAUAAAACUGAUAGUUCUUUCAUAGUAGUAUGUGACCGUUUGUAACAAUGAUGCCAAUCCAUCUGUCAGUGCUUUCAUAGUCCUAAUAUUAAAGAUUUUCUUGCCUUAAAUUGACACACAUAAAACUAACUUUUGAUUUUCCAAAUGAAGGCAACAUAUGCAAUGGAAAACGGCCAUGGUGUUUGGGUAGAAAAUGUGCAAAACGAUGAUCAUAAUGACAGUGCAUGUGACAUGGGCAAGUAUCCCUUGCUUAGGAGUGUUUUUUCUGGAUGCAGUAUGCAAUCAUCAUGAGAUAUAUUUUAUUAUACGCCAUAUUUUCUGAGACACACAAGUGUUCUCAAUUUGUAAUUUAAAAAAAAAUAAUUAAG